AUGGUCACAGUAUCCCAAGUGCACAACCAGUACUGCUCGUAUCUGGAGGCAUUGUACCUCUACUUCCUCUCGGUGCCGGCAUCGCGCCCCGGCGCCGCUCCGCUUCCCGGACUGCUCCUCGACGUCUAUCUGGUUCGCCAGGCCAGGCGUGCAGCGCAGAUGCUGGCCGACGCGUACAGGAAUCGCCGGACUGUACAGUGGGAUGCGUCGACUCAUCCAUGCACUGUACCGGACGAUGAUGAAUUGGCCGCAGUGCAAUACGAGGACUGCCAGGAUCCGCUUACCAUCGCUGACAAUCAGGGCCGGGUGCUGAUGUGGCACCUUCCCGGCGUGAUCACGGAGGUCUUCCAGGUACGCCAGAAUACAUAUGUCCACCGCCAACUGUCUAUGACCGAGUACAAGAGAGCGAUAUGGCACGCCACAAUCGGUCUCAAUCCACUUCUCUCCCACAAUCGCCCCAAGGCGAGUGCAAGCUGGAGGGAAAAUAUCGAGAAUUUCCGGGAGCCGCAGGAGGGGGACGACCUUAAGCCGGCGUGUGUCGCGUUUUCGCCGGGGUGGUUCUGGCUCGGACACGCUGGCGCCAACGACGUCCCACUGGUCUCUCGCUUGCUCACCGAUCCGAACACCGGCCCCGCCGGUCACAUGUGGUUAGACCAGAUGGCCCAUCCGCAUAUCAUCAUAUCCGGCAUGCUGCGCAUCAUGCAUCCGGAUUUGUAUGACGCCGGUCGUGCCUCUAUUGAAGCUCUGCGAAGCGACCCGGACCGGGCCAGCAUUGUAGAUUUAUGGCACAACCCGUUCAAUGCCCUUUCGGUAAUCACAAACCGAGCGAGCCCGGUUCAUCGGGACAUGCUGUCUCCGAAGGAGUGGUACGACAUCCUGAUGACGAUUGGUGGCGAUCCGAGCAGUACAUCAAGUUUCCGACUUUGGGUCUCCGACUUCCUUACAAAACCGGAACGGUCACCGCAUUCUCGGGCACUCGCCUCCCCCACGAUGUUCCACAGGCGUCGGCGGAGCGGAUAUGUGUGGCAUACUUUAUGCGACGCAAUGUACAUCGCUGGCUGGGAUGCCGGACCGGGAUAUGUGUUGGGCUGGGGGGGAAAUGGGUUUUCUCGUUUGGGCACUCGUAGUGUUUAG